AAGUCGCCUCACAAGGGAAAGGCUUCACUUUUUGCCACAGAGUUGUACACUGUAUCAUACCUCAUCCUGUUCUCGAUACUAGGCACGCUGGCGCGUCUGGGACUCCAAUGGCUGACUUUCUAUCCUGGAGCUCCAGAAGUCAUGGGUAUUCUAUGGGCCAAUUUUGCUGGAUCUCUUCUCAUGGGCUUUCUAUCUGAAGAUCGUCGCCUAUUCCGCCAUGAACAGCACGAUGGCAGCGGAAGCGGGAAGAGCUCGAGCGACCUCGAAUCCGGCUCCGAUCGAGAAGCAGCCAAAGCAGCUCAUUCAAAAGUCAAGAAGACCAUACCACUCUAUAUCGGCCUUACCACCGGAUUGUGCGGAUCGUUCACUUCAUUUUCGUCUUUCAUGAGAGACGCCUUCUUCGCGCUAUCAAACGACCUUCGCACGCCCAUCAAUCACCCAUAUACUGGCGCAGGCCCAAUCCAACCAUCCUCAACCGUUCCUCGAAACGGCGGAUACAGCUUUAUGGCGUUAUUAGCCGUUAUCAUCAUCACCGUCGCCCUCUGCAUGUCGGCUCUCAAGGUUGGGGCUCACAUAGCCAUCUUUCUGGACCCUUUCACCCCUACCUUUCCCUUCGCACUCCUUCGAAAAGUUCUAGACCGCGCCGUUGUCGUUAUUGCCUGGGGUGCAUGGUUAGGGGCAGUCUUCAUGGCUAUUUGGCCACCAGACCGGCCAUCGGGGCCGAACAGUAAAGGAAGCUGGACCAACGAAACGUGGCGCGGCCAGGCAAUCUUCGCCCUGGUAUUCGCGCCGUUGGGAUGCUUAUUGCGGUUCUACGCGAGCUUGAAGCUCAACGGCAUCUCCCCAUCUUUCCCGCUGGGCACUUUCACUGUCAAUAUCUUUGGCACCGCAGUACUCGGCAUGGCGUACGACCUCCAACAUGUCCGUCUCGAGGGAUCGGCCGUGGGUGGUGGUCGAGUCGGAUGUCAAAUCUUCCAAGGCCUCAUGGAUGGCUUUUGUGGUUGUCUUACCACUGUGAGCACCUGGGUUGCUGAGUUGAAUGGGCUGAGGAGAAAACACGCUUACUUCUACGGAAGCGCGAGCGUGUUGGGCGGGCUUGGCGUUCUUGUUGUCAUCAUGGGUAGUGUGAGAUGGACGGUAGGGUGGAGCUCGACGGCGUGUGUGACGUGA